AUGGCCGGAGAUAAGGAACGCUUGCGUGCGGUAGACGAAGCAGAGUUCGAGCUGCGGGGAGGCGCAGUAGUGUGCGGUCGUGUAGAGGCAGCGCUCUCCAUGGAGCGUAAAAGGGCUGAGUUAGUAGAACCGUUUAAAGAAGUAGACGGAGUGGAAGCGGAAAUGUCAACAUCCAUAACCGACGUCUGGUCGAAUGGCGAAGAGUGGAAAGGCGCUCAAAUUGCAGUAGAUGUGUAA